AUGCUCAAUUGUUUACAUUUUCGUGGCUCGUCAGCAAUCAUGAAACUCGCUGAGAUCUUUCGUCGUUGUGAAAAUUUUAAUGCUGCAAAGGACUUUCUACGAGAAAGGUGCAUUCUUCGGCGGGACAUUCCUCGAUGUAAUGUUUGUAAUCGGCCAAUGACUGAAGUAAAAUGCGGACGUGGUGAGGAGCUCAUGUGGCGAUGCCCGUCACAUAAAACCAACAAACUGUCCCUCCGUGAUGGAAGUUUUCUGAACCAUCAAGGAAUGUCGUUGCAAGAUUUCGUUAUGGUUGUUUAUGUAUGGGCACUGCAAAUUUCAAUGACAACAGCUACAGAGAUGCUUGGUUUGUCACCACCCACGAUGGAGAGAACAGAAAAGAUCUUGAGACCUUAUAGCAGCAUCCAACGUGGACAAUCCAUUCUCUGCGGCUAUAUUUUUGAUAAAUUUUUCCAAAAAAAGAAUCGACAAUUCUUCAUUUGGGUCGGCUACAAGAAACAACCACCAUAG